AUGCACUUCACGAACACCGUCUCUCUCCUCUCGGUGGCCAGUCUUGCAGCAGCCAUCCCCUACUGGCCCGAGCAUGCCUUAUCCAGCUAUGCCAGCAGCACACCUACCGCCGUAACAGGAAGCACGCCCAGUAGCACAUCCAGCAGCACACCCAGCUCCACGAUCUGCCCUGUCGUCCAAGAAGGCGAUUAUGUCUGGAAGGUCUCCAGCUUCUCAGCCCGCAAGCUCAACGGCACAGAUAACAACGCUGUCAGCUUCAAUAUUUCCGCGACCAACAACGGCACUCUGAACUUCCAGUGUGCAGCCUCUACCCAAGGUAAUAACGUACUUGAGGAGGGCGAGCUAUACGACUGCGGUGAGAACUCUUUGAUCAGCUUCGCAUUUGAGGGUAUCGACCUCACAAGCACCCGUCUGUUGUUGCACCAGCGCGUUUCCGACACGUAA